AUGGAGGAGGUAGCAACCAAUGUCACCUUUUGCACCACUGAUAUGGUUUUCAAGCAAGCCAAUGCUUCUACUUGUUGGCCAAGCAUGACAGGAGGUGGACCAGAGACAGUAAUUAUCCCCGUGCUGUUUGGACUGAUCUUUCUACUGGGCAUGGUGGGGAACACACUGGUGCUGGUGGUACUUGGACGUCUCCCACCAGGUGGACGUCCAUCCCGCAGUGCCACCAACAUCUUCAUCCUCAACUUGAGCAUUGCGGACUUCUCCUUCCUUCUCUUCUGUGUCCCAUUCCAGGCCACCAUUUACUCCUUGCCAGAGUGGAUCUUUGGUGCCUUUUUCUGUAAGUGGGUGCACUACCUCGUCAUGGCCACCAUGCUCGUUAGCAUCUUCACCUUGGUGGCCAUGUCGGUGGACCGCUACAUCGCUGUGGUCCAUGCUAAGCGCUCCCUGUGCAUUCGAAGCAAGCGCAAUGCCACUCUUGGGGUGGGCAUCAUCUGGUUCCUCUCUCUCCUCUUUGCCAUCCCCGUGGCCGAGCACCAGGAACUUUUAAAUGGGCACCAGCAGGCACCCAACAGCUCUUUCUGCUGGGAACACUGGCCUGGCAAUCCGGGAGCCAAGCAGAUGUACAAGGUGACCAUCUUCGUGGUGGGUUAUCUACUACCGCUGGUGCUCAUCACGUGCUGUUACACCAAGGUUUUAUAUCACCUUCAUAAAAAAGUGAAGAAUAUUUCCAGGAAGUCAGAGAGAUCAAAGAGAAAGACGGCGCAAACUGUCCUGCUGGUUGUUGCCGUCUUCCUGAUCUCCUGGCUCCCACACCACAUCAUCACAAUGUGGGCCGAGUUUGGGCAGUUCCCCCUGAACAAUAUCUCCUUCACCUUCCGCAUCAUCUCCCAUUGCUUGGCCUACGGGAACUCCUGCAUCAACCCCAUCAUCUACGCUUUCCUCUCGGAGAAUUUCCGCAACGCCUGCCGUCAAGUCUUCACUUGCAAGUUCCUCCUUCAGCCGGCCCCUGCGGACAAGCUGGUGAGAGUUCGCAUGGAGAAUUUUUCCACCACUCACUCCACAACCAACGUGUGAAAGGGAAGCCGAAGCUCAAAGUAGUACGGGAAGAAAAGCAAACGGGUGGCCAUGCAAAAGUGAUCAGAAAUGGGUUUAUCUUGGGAAAGCUGGCCUGAGCAGGCCAUUCAUCAUGUUCCUCAGGGUGAUAUUACCCAUCCAUCAUAUUUACCAUGGUGAUAUUAUUCAUGAGUCAGGUACAUAAUUAUUAAAUUACCCAUCUCUCAUGCUCACCAUGGUUAUAUUACCCAUCCCUGAUAUUCACCAUGGUGAUAUUACCUAUCCACCAUGCACACCACGAUUAUAUUAGCCAUCGCUCAUGCUCACCAUGGUUAUAUUACCCAUCUCUCAUGCUCACCAAGGUUAUAUUACCCAUCUCUCAUGCUCACCAUGGUUAUAUUACCCAUCUCUCAUGCUCACCACGGUUAUAUUACCCAUCU